ACACUAACACCUCACUCACCGUCACUGACCAUUAAUUAUUCGAUUAAAUCGCAACGCAACACUCUCCGUGUGCGCUUCUCUGGUGCGUCAGCGGCAGAUCCCGUUUCGGAAAUUCCAACAACAAAAGCAAAAAGAUUAAAAAAAAAAUAAAAGAAAAAGAAAUUAAAAAAAAUGAAAAAUCUUUUGCAGAACGGGAGAGAGUAAAUAUGGAUGUACUUACAUUCGGCAUCAUAAUCGGAAUAAUCCUGCUCUUUCUCUGCGUUGUUUGUUUCAUCACCAUUGAAGGCACUUGCAAGCGCCGCAAUUCUUAGUCCUUUCCCAAACACUCCCUUCUUUUUCCCGCUUUUUUUUUUUUUUCUUUUCUCUCCCUCUAAAUUCCUUAAAUCAACUAUUAUUUUUUUUAUCCUUUUUUUUUUUUUUUCUGGUUGAGAAUGGUGUUUGCUAAGAGUCAAAAACAGAUCUUGCUAGCUUUGCUAGUGGUUUUAGUCUUCUGUAUAGAUCUGAGCUUUUCUAGUGGAUUCUGUACAUCGCCGGUGCACGAUGAUGAUUCACAUGGGCACCACCACAACCACCAGGGCUGUGCUGUUGGACAUGCACAUCACCAUCACCAUCACCAUCAUGAUCGUGAUCAUGACGGUCAGUUGAUUGAGUCGAUGUUGCCCGAGGAAUUGGCGGAGGAGGAGGAUAUGAAGCUCUACGGUUUUAGCAAUUAUCAUCAUGAUCACCAUAGUCAUGGUCACGACCAUGAUUCCAAGCUCACUGGUCUAGGUCUUUGGUCACAUGCAUUGGGAUGCUCACUUUUGGUGAGCUUGGCUUCUCUCAUCUGCCUGAUUAUUUUGCCAGUCAUAUUUAUACAAGGAAAACCAUCGAAGGCAGUUGUUGAUUCAUUGGCUUUAUUUGGGGCAGGAGCUAUGUUAGGGGAUGCUUUUCUUCAUCAAUUACCACAUGCCUUUGGUGGUGAACACUCCCACUCUCAUGAUCAUGACACGGACCAUUCUCAUCAUGCUCAUAUUGGACAUGGGCAUUCACAUGCCCAUUCUUUGAAAGAUCUUUCUGUUGGAUUAUCCAUCUUGGCUGGCAUUGUACUUUUUCUUCUUGUAGAGAAAGUGGUUAGAUAUGUAGACGAUAAUUCUACUGGAGCUCAUUCAUGGAGUCAUGGUCAUCACCACCAUCAUCACAAGAGCAGUAAGAAAUUAAAAGAAGAUGAUGAUGAUGAUGUUAAUGGUGUGAUGCAGUCGGUAUCUCCUAAGGAAACUGAAGGAAAAGGUUUAGAUGAAGUUUCGGCUAACUCUUUGAAUGGGGAUAAUUUAACUGAACACGAAUCUCUUCGGAAGAGAAAGACUACCCUUGAUGGCAAAGAUGAUAUGCCACAUAUUGAUGCUACUGAUGGCUCUACAAAUGCUAAUAAAUCCUCAAAUAAAAAGGAAACUACUCAGGCACCAUCAAAUCUAGUGUUUGGCUAUCUCAAUCUGUUUUCUGAUGGUGUUCACAAUUUUACUGAUGGAAUGGCUUUAGGAAGUGCAUUUCUGCUUUAUGGAUCUGUUGGAGGAUGGUCUAGAACUCUAUUUUUGCUUGCACAUGAGCUUCCUCAGGAGAUAGGAGAUUUUGGUAUCCUGGUAAGAUCUGGUUUUAGCGUAUCUAAAGCCCUCUUUUUCAACUUCCUCUCUGCAUUGGUGGCUUUAUUAGGAACUGCAUUGGCUUUGCUCUGGGGAAGAGAUCCAGGACAGUCAUCUUUGAUUGAGGGAUUUACGGCAGGUGGGUUCAUAUACAUUGCUGUUGCUGGAGUGCUUGCAGAAAUGAACAAUGGCAGCUCGACUUUUAGAAGUUCAAUGGUCCAAAUAAUUUCACUCGUACUGGGCAUGGCUAUCGCUCUUUGUAUUUCACUUGUAGAAUGAGAAAAUACUUAAAUAUCUGUACAAUUUUAGCUUGAAAUUAGCAAACUCACGUCCGGAACCAUACUUGUACCAGAUAUGGGUUUUGUUCAUCAUAUCUCUCACUUCGAAAAAUGAAAACAAGUCUUGAACUUAGCAAUUGUAGGCAAAGUAAAAUUGCGAAGGUAUGAGGAUCAUCUAAUGAUUUUCUCAUACCCAUUUUCAAUUUCUUUGCUAAUGCUAGGGGUUAUACACCUUGUACUCUGUUCACACUGCUAUAAUAAUAAUAAUAUAUAGAGAGUGAACAUUUUACUUUUAUCAA